UAACAUGCGGCCGUACAUUAGAACCCCUGCUUUGCUUGCUUUAGCGCUGUUCCGGCCCGUCAUCUAUUGAGGAGAACUUUACCUCACUACAUUUACAACAGCUUCUUCUAACGUUUACAGUAAAUGGUGGGUGUGCUGGUGGUUAUCGCGUGAAACAUUCUCUACCUUAUUUCUCAAUAAAAUAAGACUAUAUAUAUUAUACUCAUCUACAUCUUGAUUAUUAGACAUGGCUCAACAACAAGUUUUGGAUCAUCCUGGAGAUCAGCAUGAGAUCCCCAACGUUGAGGCCCACGGGUCCUUCGAGUCGCUGAAGGACAGGAUCAAGACGCAUUACGAGAUCGCUUCGGAUUACUACUACUCGCUAUGGGGUCAACAUAUUCAUCAUGGCCUCUUCAAGUCCCCUAGUGAGACUAAAGAGCAAGCCCAGGUCAACCUGAUUAACUUCCUGUUGGAGAUAUCUGCUCUACCCGCAGGUACUAAAGUCCUAGAUGUCGGGUGCGGCAUCGGUGGCACAAGCCGGUUUCUCGCGCGUGAGCACGGCUGUCAAGUCACGGGGAUCACGAUCAGCGGGCGUCAGGUCGAGAUCGCGCGUCAAUUGACAUCCACUGAGAUCGGUGAUUCGACCUCUUCUUCACUGGGAGAUUUCGCGAAGUAUCCCGAGGAGACGGGGAAGACAGGAGGGCAAGUUCGCUUCCUUGAGCUCGAUGCCGAGAAGAUGUUAAAUCACUUCCGACCUGCCACCGGCGAGGCGGAGACGUUUGAUUGUGUCUGGAUAUCGGAGGCCCUCUCGCAUCUGCCGAACAAAGAGCUGUUUUUCUCUUCAUCAUUUGCGCUGGUGAAGAGCGGGGGGCUGCUGGUUAUUGCCGAUUGGUUCAAGGCGCCGGAUCUAUCGCCCGAGCAGGAGACUGCUGAUAUCAAGCCCAUCGAGGAUGGUAUGCUGCUCCCUCGGCUCUACACUGCGGAUGAGUAUGUCGCGUUGGCGACGCAGGCGGGAUUCAAGACCCGUAAGGAGCCCGUUGAUAUAAGUCAGGAUGUGGCCAAGACGUGGGACAUAUCAUGGUCUCUGGUGUCCUCGCCUUCGCUAUGGGCUUUUGCCAUAUCUCAAGGCAGGGAUGGCCUUGCCUUCUUACAGGCGUUUAGGGCGAUGAGGAGAGGCUACGCAAACGGGACGUUUAGAUACGCGGUCAUGUGUUUUGAGAAGCCAUAAAUGUGAAUUGUGAUGCUAUAGGAAGCAAAAAAGCUGGCUACAUCAAGUAUAUUGACUAUAGGGUCACCAGGGCGAACAUACGUAGGUACCUACCUAAGGUACUAUAUCCCCUAAUUGACAUAUGAUAUAAGCUCUGAAAAUAUACGUAGUAUAGCAAAAUAAUAUUACACAUACUUACUACUUAGAA